AUGGCUGCCUUAAGCAACACCACACAAGUUGAUGUAGUGGAACCGCAGCAUUGCAUGCUAGUUCAUGCCUCCUCCUCCAGAGGCAUUUGGUUCGGAGAGAAUCCUUUCGACGAUCCCUAUCCUCUAAUGCUAGCCCAAAUCAUCCUAGUUGUUCUUACUUCUCGGCUGCUUUAUUUUUUGCUCAGGCCAUUGGGACAAACCAAAUUCGUCUGCAAUCUCCUUAGUGGCAUUAUCUUGGGGUCCUCUGUUCUUGGGGGCAGCAAGUCAUUCAAGGAUAGACUAUUCGCAGCUAAAGUGAUUCCAUUGUUUGACACAAUGGCCACUGUUGGUGCAAUAUACUCCAUGUUCCUUGUUGCUUUGAAAUUCGACGCAACCCGCUUCAAAAGAAUGGCAAAAGAUAGCGUGAAAAUUGGUCUGGCCAUGGAUGAACUCAACCCUAUGACCUCUGAGUUGGGCCAAUUUGCCAUGUCCUCUGCCAUCCUCAACGAUGUAAUCUUCUGGUUCCUCAUUGCAUUGCAUCUCAUAUUAACGAAACAAGACGCAACCUGCGACAUUGAGAGUUGUAUUUCCGUCUUUGGGUUGAUAUUAUUCACUGUCUACGUCAUACGCCCAAUUAUGCUGUCGAUUGUCAAGAACAUCCCCCAAGGAGAAGAAGCCAAGGAAGUUCAUGUAGUUGCAAUACAACUUGGGGUUUUAGUCAUGGCUUUUAUCUCCGACGUCUUAGGCACAACGCCGUAUGCGGGUGUUGUACUGCUGGGGUUAGCCAUCCCCGGUGGACCACCUCUUGGUGCAGCAGUAGUCCACAAGACCGAAUAUUUGGUCUCCCAAAUUCUUAUGCCAAUGUUCUUUUUCUACGUUGGAUACAGAAUAAAUUUGUAUUCGAUUCGCGAUUGGGUGAGAUUUUCCAUACUUCAGACGAUCAUUAUCGUGUCGUACGUUUCAAAGAUUGUGGCAGUUGUAGCGGCUGCAAUGUGGUGCAAAAUCGGGUUUAAAAAUAGUCUAAGGCUCAGCAUGGUCAUGAGCGUCAAGGGUAUAAUAGAGAUUGUCUCUUAUUCUCGAUGUAGGACCAUAAAGCUCAUAGAUGAACAAGCUUUUACUCAAAUAGUGUUGUCUAUGCUGGGGAUGACCAUGAUUGCAACACCAUUGCUACGAUUCUCCUGUAUCUACACAACAAUGGUCCAUGCAGUGGAGCUGAUGGGGCGUGCGGCGCCACUACUAGUCCCUUACAAUAAAUUAAAGCACACAAAUACACCAAUGCAUCAAAUGAUUCAAGCCUUUGAGAAUUACUCAGACAACUCCGAAGGACCGGUCACGAUCCAUGCUUACGAUAUGAUCGCUCCUUACAAAAACAUGCACGACACAAUAAUCCGUCUUGCACAUGACAAGGUCGUUCCUCUGAUUAUCUUACCAUUCCAUGAUCACCAGGGUACAGUUGACCUCACUUUGAUUGCCUCCAUACGCCAAUUCAACAUCAAUGUGCAAACAAAUUCCCCAUGUACAGUGGGAAUACUUGUUGAUAGAGACUUGUCUAGUCGGCUGAGAUUGACAAGCUUUUCCUUCAAUGUAGCGGUGAUUUUCAUUGGUGGAGCAGAUGACCGUGAGGCGUUGGCCUACGCAGCACGAAUAUCUGGCAACCCGACCGUGGGUAUGACGGUGUUCAGGAUAAUCUUGCGGGGUAAACUAGAAGGAGGUAACCAAGAGGAGGAAAUAGAGGCCAAGCUCGACCAGUCUUUGGUCGACGAGUUUAAGCUGGGGAACAUCGGUAAUGAUUGUGUGAAUUGGUAUGAUAUCGAGGUGGAUGACGGUGCACAAGUUAUGAGUGCCAUUAAGAAGUUGCAGGGCGAUUAUGAUCUUAUCAUGGUAGGGCGACGACACGUGGAAAUGUCGCUGAGGGAUGAAGAAAUGGCGGUAUUCAUGGAGCAUCCAGAGCUGGGAGUGAUUGGUGACAUGCUGUCUUCUUCAGAUUUCUGUGAUGGAAUGGUGAAUGUGUUGGUCAUGCAAGAAAGCAGAGGCUUAGGCUGUGGAGCUUUUCGUAGUGACUCUGCAAGGGUUUCAUAG